AUUACAAUGUGUGAUUUUAUACUCUUCUGGCAUUCAAAUUUAUAAUACUAAAACAAUAUUUAAUGUUAAGGGGUGAUAUGCACCACGUGUACCACUAAUUUCCAUCAUGCAAGUACAGGGCAGUGAUACGUGAGUUUUUUUUUACACGUUCACGGUCUAGCUUAAACUACUUAUUAGUGGACCCAAAUAAUUUAAUUGUGGGCUCUAUAUGAGUCGAAAAAAAAAAGAAAUGAAAGUCAGUAAUUUAUCCUCUCAUCAUCAUUGCUUCCGUUCAAUAUCUUCCUUCCUAGGAUCUCCAUCUCUAGCAAACUCAAACCCAUAUUCUUGUUUCUUCGGACAUGCUUUUGCCCUUAGUUUGUCGAGUCGUCGCUGGUGUCCUCCACCACCAAGGCGAUGCCUUCAACGAGCUCCCAUACGGUGACCAAUCGCCGCCUUCAUCCUCGUUAUUCUCUCCCCCAACCAACGACAUUCCCCAAUCUAUCACCCUGCAAGAUGUUUAAUCACCAGCAAUUGAUUCCUCCAUGUAGAACAUAUUUGAUUGUUGUUUUUUACGUCGUAUGGAGAAAAUCGUUGAGAGCUAAGAGGAGGGUGGAGAUGAUGAUGGGUCCUCAUAAGAAUCUGGGGGAGCAGCCUUAGGAUCCAAAUUCAAUUUCUCAAUUUUGGACCUAAAUAGGUUGGAAAUUAACCAUUCCAUAACCUACCUUUCUUCUUGUUGAAUACUCCAAAGGUAGCGAAAUCCAUGGUGGUGGUGGCGUUGUUGUACGUAGGGUUGACCUGAGGCAUGCUGUAGAAGCAUUGGUGGUGGGAGCAAGAGACAGAGCUGCCAUUAGAUUUCUGUUGACUAACAUAGGGUGAAACAGAGCGGGGAAAAGUAGAGGAUAAUAGCAACAAUGGAGUCAAGGAAAGAGACAAAAAGGUAAUAAAUUUGGAAUUUUGAUUUUGGGUUUUUGAGGGAUACCAAUUAUUUAGAAUAAGGAAAUGUUUAAUGGGUCAAGGAUGGAGGGAUAGAUGUUUGCCUGAGAAACAAGAAUAUGGGUUUGAGUUUGCCGAAGAUGGGGAUCCUAGGAGAGAAGAGAUUGAACGGAAGGAAUGAUAAGGAGAGGAUAAAUUAUUGACUUUCGUUUUUUUUUUCAACUCAUAUGGGACCCAUAAUUAAAUUGUUUGGCUCCACUAAUGAGCAAUUUAAGUUGGAUCGCCAGCGUGUAAAAAAAAGUCCACGUAUCGUUAACCUGUACAUGUAUGAUGGAAAUUAACGAUGUAGGUGGUA